CGAAUUGCCGUGAUGCGCAAGGCCGACGGCGCGUUCGAACUGGUGGGAUGCACCAAAACGCGCUUGGACCAGGCCGAGCGCGACCGUAUGGACCUGAAGAUGGAAGUUGCUCAUCUGAGGGAGCGACUGCUGCAACGAAUGGGGGGCGAUACAACGGCACAGGAGUUGGAGGAAGAGAGCUUCAUCAUGAAGAAAGAGCUCGUGCAAAUGGAACAAAGCUUAGUUGAACACCGAGAGAUGCUACUCAUAGCGAAUGCAAAGCAUGACAAGGCGUUGACAAAUCUGCAAAAGAUGGACGCGGCGUGGAAGGCCAGCGUGAAUCGAAUCCAAAUUCUUCAAGCAGAACUCGAGUCCCGCGACAAACAGUUGGCCGAAGUUGACAUGCUCAAAAAGAUCCUCCGCGACCAGGAGUUUGCAAUCCAGACUUUAGAUGGUGAAAACAAACAGCUUCGACGGCAAGACACCGCAAAGGACACGUCCAUUUUGGAGCUGGAAGGCACGAUCCGUCGCAUGCAAGUGGAAUUCGAAGAAGUGAAUCAUCAACUUACCACAAAGGCAGGCAUGAGCAAGGAUGCACAGCGCGAAGCGGAAGGUGAGCUGCAGGUGAUGGUCGAAAAGUCUGCGCGACUUCAAGGCGAAGUCAAUGCGCUGCACGAAGAAAUGCGAAGUGUCAACGCACGAUCGAGGGAAGUCGAGUCGGCAUCGACACUUCUCAAGUCCAAGCUAUUGCAACUUACGGAAGAGCACGCAACGUUACAGAUCCACAUGGCGGCGAGCAAGACCGAGAUCGAGCGGCAUGUGUCCGAGACGACGUUCCUCAAAGCCGAGAUCACUCGGCUCCAGGCCGAGCUCAACGCGAAGGACCACGAACUGCUGCAGCACCAGAAGGUCCAUUUGGAUGCUGAAUCGACCAUCCUGGACACGAAGAAGAAGAUUCAGCUCGACCAACAGAUGCGGGAACUUCAAACCCGACGGAUGGAGCUCGACGUUGAGAAAAAGUGCAGGGACCAAGCCCACGAGUACGAACUCAGGUUGCAGCGGCAAGACACCAUUUUGGAAGACACAAAACAUCAAUUGAGGUCGGUCGAGGCGUUGCAUACCGAGCUGGUGCAGCUGCUGGGCGUUGACGAUCCCACCAACCUUCGUGAAAAAGUCGUGGCAGUUCUCCAGGAAUUGGCGCAAGUGCAUGACAGGGUCGAAAAACAGCGGCACAAACUGGCGGUGGCCGAAAAGGCGGGAAGCGACCACCAGAAGCUGCAAUACGCGUACACGGAAUUGGAAGAAAAGUACAACAAAACUCGCUUGGCCAUGGAACGCAUUGUGAAUCGAAAAACAAAAGUCGGUGGUGCAGCCACCCCGUCGUUGUCCGCUCCUCCACUGCUACCGAUUGCAACAACUGCGACUGUGCAUGCAUCUCCAGCGCUUCAUCCAUCUCCUGAGACGUCUCACGUGGACGACGUAACACAGCCAGGGAGCAACCUGACGCCAGCGCUACUCAAGGAAAACACACCCACGCUUCCGUCUGCCGUGCCGACUGGUCAUCCGCACUUGAGUAUCAAGCCUGCGCCGUCGUUCACGCUCAAACGAAAAGUCCCGUCGUUCUCGACGACAAGAACAAGUGCAAAACUCGGACCUGGUCUUGCCGAGCUCAGGACAAGGGUCGCGGCUCAGCCACCCAUCAAACACACCGUGGUCAAGUCAAGGUACAUGCAGCCUCCCAAGUACUUGUAGCAGGAUCAGCGCUCCUCCCGUGUCAAAUCAAUUUAUACAUAUCUAUCGACAAUGACAAG